CACGCGCAUUACAGUCACAUGCUUUCGUGUUUACCGCACUAGCUAGCAAAGUAACAAGAGAAAGUCCCAUAUCUGCCUACGCCUCAGCUUCAUAAUCCUGGUCUCCGAUUCACAGCGCGGAAGAAGGAUAUACUUACGGUGCUGACAAAAGUGAACGGUAGUUUGAUUCUUGAAGUACCGGAAAAGAAAACUGUCCGCUAUUUAAGUUAUACUUAAAUUAUAGGUCUCCUUGACUCCUAAUUCCUAUAUUUGUCUCAAGUUUUUGACGGUAAGUAACAAGAAGAAUCAUUCGAAAACAUGGAAGCCAAACUUUUGGCACUUACACUCGGCCUAGUUCUCAGCUCUUUUGUCUGUGUAUCGGCGCAGAAGUAUUUCCAACCAGGCAAACCGUGCUACAGAACAGAUUUGGAGAAAAAGGAGAAGGGAGUAAGUACUUAUCCAAGGCCCCACUGGGAUGUCAAGUUGUCAGAUCUACCCAAACAGUGGGACUGGCGCAACAUCAGUGGGGUGAACUAUGCCAGUACAACACGAAACCAACACAUACCACAGUACUGUGGAAGCUGCUGGUCCAUGGGCACAACUAGCUCAAUAGCUGAUCGCAUCAACAUUCUGCGCAAAAAUGCCUGGCCCUCCGCCUACCUGUCCCCUCAGAACGUCAUCGAUUGUGGCGAAGCUGGGAGUUGUGAAGGAGGAAGUCCACUGGGAGUGUAUGGCUACGCCCACAAGAAGGGAAUCCCAGAUGAGACGUGCAAUAACUACCAGGCUAAAGAUCAGAAAUGUACACCUUUCAAUGAGUGUGGAACCUGCUCUACCUUCGGGGAUUGCUUUUCAUAUCCGGAGAAGAAUUACACCCGUUGGAUGGUGGGUGAUUAUGGGCGAAUCUCUGGCCGCGAGAUGAUGAUGAAGGAAAUAUACAAAAAUGGGCCAAUCAGUUGUGGAAUUGAAGCUACACCUGAACUCGAACAGUUCCGAGGAGGCAAGGUCUACACUCAGUACAUACCACAACCAGAGAUCAAUCAUGCUAUCGCCGUAGCUGGUUGGGGAGUGGAUGAGAACGGCGUUGAGUACUGGGUGGUCCGCAACUCCUGGGGCCAACCCUGGGGUGAGAAUGGUUGGUACCGCACUGUUACAAGCACAUACAAGAACGGCUCGGGAGGCCAGUACAAUCUUGGAAUAGAAAACAGCUGUUCCUAUGGCGACGUGAUCGGAGUGUAAUUCAAGGCACCUUCAAGGAAAUAUUUUUCUACUCCAUGAGGAAAUAGUGUGAAAAAGAAUUUCAGUACAUAAUGACAUGUUGUAUAUUGGCAGGCUCCUUGAAGAAGAUUUUUGUUUUUUUUAUUUGCUUUUCUGUUUUUUCAGUGUGCUCGAAAGUAAUGUAGCUUAGAAUAGUUGAUGCAUUUACAAAGUAGCCAAUCUAAUAAGCUCAUUUAGUGGUAAGGUUAUGGCUAUGUCACUAGAGCUAGGUCCCAGUCUCCAACACAAGGGCACAUGCUAAUAGUAGACAUAGCCACAGCCCUGAUACAAAGAAAAUUCCCUCUAGAAGUUAUUGUUGUGACUUAAUAUAUUCUCCUAUGGUAAGUGGCAGCAGCCUCCGAACAGAUGCUUCCAUUGGCACAAGUGUAAUUCCUAGCCAUUACCUAUCCUUCCGAGUGCAUUACAUGAGCUGGCUCUCCCUGCUAGACUCAGACUGGCUCCCAGUCUCCCAGUGUGAUGGUCAGAAUAUUAAGGAAUGAUUGGGUACCAGCUGGUUUCCCUUUCAUUGUCAAUUGUAUGUAGUUGCCAAGGGCAGAGUUAUUUGUGCAGGUAACUUAUAUUGUGGCAAAUGGUUCUCAACUGACCUUGCUAAGCAACACAAAGUUGUUAAGCUAUAAUUCCUGCUUAGCCAACUCCUCCAACUUUGGCCCUGGUAUUCUCACUCAUACUCAGAUUUACUUUAUUCUCAAAACUGAGCAAUGCUACAGCCCUUUCGUGGCCCUCAGUUGCAAACUAAAUGCUCUUAACUCCUUUGAUUUUAUUCACAAGGUCCACACGCAACUUUCCGAACUUUUGAUCAAAACUUCUUUUGCAAAAACAGUAUUUUAAUAUUUUAGUGUGUAGUUCAGAAUUCAACAAAGAAAUAGUUGACUACAUUAUCAGAGUAUUACCUUGCCACAUGGCUUCCUAAAGCAUCGAAAUAAGCAUUCAGAGCUUUGUUCUAGUCUUCAUAAUUUUUAAUUUUUUGAACUCAUCAGGUCGAGGUUAUGUUAUGGCUGAAUAUGUUUAUAUCUGCAACCUUUCCUUUUCCCAUUUGAGAACUUAAUCUAAUUACAACUCAGGCAGUUUGUGUGAAUUUUUGGGAGCUCUCUUGGAGUCUCUUGAUGGAGCAAUUUGAGUGCACAUUGCUCUAUCAUUAGUUCUUUUUAAAGUUUUGGUAAAUUGUUGUAACCAAAAAUAAUUUUAAUCUAAUAAAUGCUGGAAAUUGCACGUUUACUACCAAUGGAAAUUUUGCAGUUAAUGAUUUGAAUAAUAAAAGGAACUUCAAGUGUCAAAGACAA